AUGACAAUAAUACGACAGUUCAUAAGGCGUAAGCAUUUCUUCAUCACAACACCGAUCUUCUACGCGAAUGCACAGUUUACUUCGCGUUGUCAAUUGCUCAUUCAGAUCCAAAAAGCGGCUCAAGCUGCCGGACUCGCGCCUGAAGUGUUCUGUGAUCGAUUGAGUGGAUCAUUCCGUGAACUCUUCAAAACGUUUCGAAUUCAGCCAACCGAUUUCAUUCGUACCACUGAGCAUAGGCACAAACGUGUUGUCGAACAAAUUUGGACGAAACUACGUAAACGAGGCUUUAUCAAGAAAGCCAAAUACAGCGGAUGGUAUUCGAUAGUUGAUGAAUGCUUUUAUUCAGAGCAUGAAAUUGAGACUGUGAAGUCACAUGUAAAUGGUCAGCAGCAAAAGGUUUAG